AUGGUGCUAACAGACGGUACCUUCCCCACAAGCGGUGCGACGGCCACAACGUCAUCACCAAGCGGCGAGAAGACAACGCCGACGUCUGUCAAUGUUUCACGCGUUGUGUCGGGGUUUGACCAUCAUCGCUGGAAUGUAACAGAUGAUUUACCUUCAGUGCCAGACCAGAACUCUUCAGUGCAACAUACAGACGUAACAGUUAAAAGUUACGGCAAAGAUUUUACAGGAUCUGUUAAAGAUACAUUGUCAAACUACACUGAUACAGUGUCGCAGGAUUAUUUUAAUUCAUCUGCGAGGAAUAGUGAUAUUUCACCCCAGUAUGUUAAGGGUUUCACGGAUUAUGGUAACAGCUCACAUUCGCCAUUUGUAAAUUUAACGUCAGGUUAUGUUAACGUGACAUCACCAGGGGAUCUCGGAGAUUCUUCUGGUUAUUUGAAUACGUCACUAGGUAGUUUCCGUGAUGCUAUUUCUGGAUAUUUUAAUGUUUCCAACUUCACCACUCAGACGGGAUUAUCGGAUUUGACGUCACCAAUUACUGACGAUGGUUUUUACCUUUCUGAUAAUUCUACGUGGAAUUUUUCCAAUGGUUCAAAUUCUUCCAACUCCAAUGAAUUCGGUAAAGCUGUAGGAUUUUCAAUAGCGGAAAUAGUCGUUAUUUCUAUUGUGGUGUCGGCUUUGUGUAUAUUCACCGCCGGUGGGAAUUUCCUUGUAAUCAUUGCCUUCAAGGUGGACAAGCAACUUCAGACGAUUAGCAAUUACUUCCUGUUGAGUCUGGCAGUGGCAGAUUUGACUAUCGGGAUUGUGUCAAUGCCUUUUUACACAGUGUAUAUUCUCAUGGGCUAUUGGCCUCUGGGUCCCGAGCUAUGCGACAUCUGGCUCUCGUUGGAUUAUACCAUGAGCAAUGCUUCUGUGGCCAAUCUCAUCAUCAUCAGCUUCGACAGAUAUCUGUCUGUGACGCGUCCACUUACUUACAGGGCCAACAGGACAUCCAGGAGGGCAGGGAUUAUGAUCUGUUGUGCUUGGAUUAUUUCAGCGAUUCUGUGGACUCCGUGGAUCUUUGCUUGGCCCUAUAUUGAAGGUAAAAGAACCGUGCCCAAGACCGACUGUUACAUUCAGUUCUUAAAGACCAACAAGUAUAUCACAAUCUUCACGGCCAUGUUCGCGUUUUAUAUCCCUGUCAGCAUCAUGAGUAUAUUGUACUGGAAGGUGUAUAAAAUAACGCAGACGAGACAAAAACAGCUUCCACAUUUGCAAGGGUGUAAAAAGAAUAAUUUUAGCAAAAAAUCUGUAAUUUCUAGUGGUGACGAUGACCAAUAUUCUAAUGUUAGUGAAAGACGUGCCGCCAGAAGUUCACCGGAGAUAGACGAUCAAUUUGCGACACAAGAUCGGGACAGAUCGCAUCGCAGACGAUGGUGGAACUGUAUACGAAUCGACAGAGACUCCGACUAUUUGGAAGAGUCGAGCACGAGUGAUCCACAAGGGUCGCCAGGCAACGCGAACCACAUCUCCAAGGGCACAUUUCACGGGUUAUUCAAAUCGAAUAACAACCGGUUGAGACUGAACAGCGUGUGCGAUAAUUCGAUAGGGUUGAACCGCAAAGGGAGGGACCGUGACGUGGACAACAGCGCGUCCAUGAUCCCCCUCCUUCCCGUGGACUCCUCCUCACCCGCCAUCACCCCAUCAACGAUAACCUCCCCAGGCAUCACCCCAUCCUCCGAAAGGACGACUCUGUUUUCACGCCAAACGACCAUAUCGUCUGCUCCUCCGCUGAGCGAAUCGGGCGAGGACCUGCUUGACGGAAACAGACGAGAGACAACGUACACAGUGUUGAUCCGGUUACCAAGAGACGAUUCCACGGAGUCGGAGAAGAAACCCUCCAUCCGACUGAUCCCGGACAGCGACGCGGAGAGCGUCUGCGAACUAACUCGCCGCUGCGGCACCAACGACGACAGCGACGCCGACAGCGAAUCGGUGGACGACAACAAGAACGACGUGGAUCGAAACAGACUUCCUUUCCGCCCGCCCCACGGGACGCCGGCCCUGGGACGUCGCGCCCACAGCAACGACGAGGCGAGGAAUGCCAUGCAGGAGAAGAUGGCGGCCCAGGCGGCGGACCGGGUGAGGAAGCAACACGCCAAGAAUAACCUGCGAUCACGACGGCAGGAAAAGAAGCAGGACCAGAAGGCCGCCAAGACCCUGACCGCCAUACUCCUCGCCUUCAUAGUCACCUGGACCCCCUACAACAUCUUCACAGUCAUAGAAUGCUUCUGUUCGGAGUGCAUAAAUGAACAUCUGUAUGCUAUAGGUUACUGGUUGUGUUACAUCAACAGCACCAUAAACCCACUCUGUUACGCUUUGUGCAACGUCAACUUCCGGCGCGCGUUCAUCCGGAUCUUGACGUGUCGGUGUGCGCCAAAGCGAGGCUCUAUUCAAAGAAUGAUGAUAAACCCCAUCCAGGCUUCUAAUCUGAUUCCAAGAUGAACGAUUUCGAAAUAGCGCAAAGUGGCUUGAUGUUGCCGAUGAUAGAGAGCCCCAGUGCUUCUUCCGACAGCGUUAACAUUGCUCGAAUCCGUGGAUUUCCAUGUAGAUGACAAGCAAGAAAGUGUCUGUGCCGUGCGAAGCAGUUCAAGAUGGCGCUAAAACAAGAUGGCGCUGUGAAGCAAGAUGGCGACUGUGCUAAUUGG